GUUCCAGUUUUUUCUUAUUCUCUCUCUCUCUCUCUCUUUUUACCAAUUUACUCAAACUUGAUUCUCAGCCACUUCAAAAUUAAUCCUGAUACUAGAUUUCUCCAAAAUUGUUCUUAACUGUGGAGUUAAUUCCAGUUCAUUUGAUUGCUUUGUUUAUUUUGGUUUUUUGAUAGCGGUGGACUAUCAUCCACUCCGUUCAAUAGUAAUGUCUCAUUUUUUUGGGGACGUUCUAAUAGUAAUGUCUCAUUCUCUUUUUGACAAUAUAUUCUUUCUCUAAAUAAUAUUUAAAUAAUUUUUAUGGGAUACUAUUAUUGGGACGGAGGGAGUAGUAUAAAUCUAUAAACUUAAUCUCGAAAUUGAUGAAAUAUUUUGGAAUUUUGGCUUAUUUGAUUUUCAACUGUCUUGUAAUGUCAAGUUAAUCUGGCCUGAUGGCUCGUCGGGCCGAAGAGGCCCAAAAUUUGGCGCUAAAUAAGGCCGAGGCUCUAAUUAUCGUAUACUUCAUUUUCUUCCCGCUUCACACACAGACACCGACACGUGUUUGUAGGCUUGUAGUUGUAGCAACGCAAAACUCUCAAGCAGAAAGAAACCGGUGAGGCCGAACUCCGCUGCUCCAGCCACCUUCCUCCAACUCAGACCGUGUCCCAACAAUUCUCAGUUAAGCUCUGUUGAUAGGAAUCCAGUUUUGCAGUUCUGAGACAAUGGCUUUCAGCAUAGUAAAUCGUCAAACGUUGAUUUCUCCUGUAAACAUUACUUCUAUCCUUUUUGCUCCUACACGGGCCAAGAUAUCAACUUCUUUUACAACUUCUGUUUCAUAUCCGAGUUUUCCGUCACAACUUCCCAAUCACAUCGUUAGACGCCUCUCAUGCAAUGCCGCAUUGAGUAAUUCUGAUCAAAAUCCUGACAAAAGUCCUACCCAAAAUCUUAAAUCGGAGCGCAGACGGAAAACGUCACGCCAGACAUCUAAAGAGCCGAAAAAGGAAGGUAAAAAUCCAGAGGAUCUAUAUCCUGGAAUCAUCCCAAAAAAGCCAAGGCGCGGUCGUAGGAGUGAAGCAGCAGCGGUCGAGGAUUAUAUACGUGGCUCACUUGAACAGACGCUGGAGUCAAUCCGGAAGCAGAAUCCAGAAGUUCUGGAGAAAAUGCAAAACUUCAUGAAGGAAAAAGCUGCCUCUGAUGAUGACACCUCUGAUGAUGAGGAUGGUGUCGAUAUAGGCGAAAAGGAGAUGGUGGUUGAGGAGGAGGAUCCGGAUUGGCCUCUGGACGCCGAGGUGGGGUGGGGGAUCAGAGCCUCCGAGUAUUUUGAUCAACACUCCAUAAAGAAUGUGGUAGGCGAAGAUGGCACGGAGAUCGACUGGGAGGGUGAGAUUGAUUAUGGUUUGGUGAAAGAGAUCAACUGUCUCGAGUGGGAGAGCUUUGCUUUCCAUCCAAGCCCUCUGAUCGUCCUUGUCUUUGAGAGAUACAACAGGGCAAGUGAUAACUGGAAGGUCUUAAAGGAGUUGGAAAAAGCAGCAGAGGUUUACUGGAAAGCUAAAGAUCGAUUACCUCCUCGAACAGUGAAGCUGGAUAUAAAUAUUGAGAAGGAUUUAGCGUAUGCGCUCAAAGUUAGAGAAUGCCCACAGUUACUAUUCUUACGCGGAAACAAGAUAUUGUAUAGAGAGAAAGACUUUAGGUCGGCGGAUGAGCUGGUUCAAAUGAUUGCGUAUUUUUACUAUAACGCAAAAAGGCCUUCAUGCAUCAACGAUGAAGCUCUCUCUUCACCACAACACAAUAGAUGAGGUAAUUAACUUACUUCUACAGACGAUGAGCAUCUCUAAACUUGUGAGCUUAAGAGGAAGAGAUGUAUGGUUUUUGCGAUGAGAAGCAUAUUGAUCAUGUGGCACACCUUAAUAACAUUUUUACUCUUGAGUAACUACACUCUGUUGUGUAUUAUUGGACAUGUGUAUAUGUAUGGAAAGCCUGGAAAGUUGAUUGCAUUAUUAAGUUAAUUAAAUUUUAAUAGUUUUUUCCUCAAAA